AUGUCCAACGACAUUGUGGUCUCUAGUAGAUUACCAGAGUGGCGACGAUUAUGGUGCAACUGGCGUGGACUCCUCACCGAAUGCGAAACAUCCCUCCUACAGUCGAUGUCGUGGAUCUCCAACCAGGAGAAAAGGGCACCGGACUUCAGCUCUGAUAGGUUGCCGCAGCUCAAGGACCGACUUCUAGCACUUGAAGCCGACCGCAAGCGGCUGGCGCAACGAAUUGUGGCGAGCUUCGAAGCAUUAAUGUCGACGAUGUCGAUCAUCGAAAGUCGCAAUGCGGUAUCCCAAGGAGAGUCGAUUAGCAAGCUCACGGAACUUGCAUUCAUUUUUAUCCCUUUAUCUUUCGCGACGUCAUUCUUUGGGAUGGAAAUCAAAGAAUGGGAGGUGAAUAAGCCACGUAUAGGACAUUUCUGGGGCUUCGCAUCCGGUCUUUUGCUAGGCGCAUACUUCAUCCGCCUUGCUAUACGCUCCACGUUCAUCCAAGGGGGUCUUAAGAAGUUCAAACGCGCUCAUAUGGAAACUUGGAUGGCACAAUCGAAACUGGAAGCUGUGGCACCGGCUUCUAGUUAG